UUUUACUUCUGCCCGGUUGUUUCUUAGUUCUGUCACAAGCGGGGAUGGAGCUGGGCUAGAGGUGCCUUCGUUCCAAGUUUUUGCUCGAAAGGCGGACGAGCUGGCGGUGCCAGUGGGACGCGAUUGUCCGUCGGACUCAGGUUUAGGCGCGAUGCUGUGCGUCCCUUGCUCGUUUGAGUGAGGUCCUUAUAGCCAGCAGCAUCCGUUUCCUGACCGAAGCCACCCUUGUUCCUGGUAGCUUCCCUACGCACCUGUGCGCUCUCAGCUAUAAGGAUAUAUUUCCAGGUGUGAUGUGUCUAGAACUUCUAAAAUCAUAUUUAAUGGCUUUUAAUAACUUGUCACAGUUUGAAGGAAUGGUUUACAAAGCUAUAAGUGUGGAGAGCUAAGUUCGUUUCAAGGCGUUCAAGAUGGGGAAAGACUAUUAUGGCAUUUUGGGAAUUGAAAAAGGAGCCUCAGAUGAAGAUAUUAAAAAGGCUUACCGAAAACAAGCCCUCAAAUUUCAUCCGGACAAGAACAAAUCUCCUCAGGCAGAGGAAAAAUUUAAAGAGGUCGCAGAAGCUUAUGAAGUACUGAGUGAUCCUAAAAAGAGAGAAAUAUAUGAUCAGUUUGGGGAAGAAGGGUUGAAAGGAGGAGCAGGAGGUACCGAUGGACAAGGAGGUACCUUCCGGUACACUUUUCACGGUGAUCCUCAUGCCACAUUUGCAGCAUUUUUUGGAGGUUCCAACCCCUUUGAAAUUUUCUUUGGAAGACGGAUGGGAGGUGGCAGAGAUUCUGAAGAGAUGGAAAUAGAUGGAGAUCCUUUCAGUGCCUUCGGAUUCAGCAUGAAUGGAUAUCCGAGAGACAGGAAUUCUGUGGGGUCGUCCCGUCUUAAACAAGACCCUCCAGUUAUUCACGAACUUCGAGUCUCACUGGAGGAAAUAUACAGUGGCUGCACCAAACGGAUGAAAAUUUCUCGAAAAAGGUUGAACCCUGAUGGAAGGAGUUACAGAUCUGAAGACAAAAUUCUGACCAUUGAGAUUAAAAAGGGGUGGAAAGAAGGCACCAAAAUUACUUUUCCAAGGGAAGGAGAUGAAACACCAAAUAGUAUCCCAGCAGACAUUGUUUUCAUUAUUAAAGACAAAGAUCACCCAAAAUUCAAAAGAGAUGGAUCAAAUAUAAUUUAUACUGCUAAAAUUAGUUUACGGGAGGCAUUGUGUGGCUGCUCAAUCAAUGUGCCAACAAUGGAUGGAAGAAACAUACCUAUGUCAGUACAUGACAUCGUGAAACCUGGGAUGAGGAGAAGAAUUAUUGGCUAUGGGCUGCCAUUUCCAAAGAACCCUGACCAGCGCGGUGACCUGCUCAUAGAAUUCGAUGUACUCUUCCCAGACACUAUAUCUUCAUCGUCCAAAGAAGUUCUUAGGAAACAUCUUCCUGCCUCCUAGAAUGAAGAACUUUGUUACCCAUAUUUUGAUAAAGCACUGAAAAUACAAAAGGACUGGCAGUUUACUGAUGUAGAUGUGAAUUCUGUAUAAAGACGUGUAAAUUCUUUUGAGGAUCCAUUAAAUUGCAUGAAUAGAGACGGGUCAUAUAAAUAGGCAAAAGGGAUUUUUACAGUUAGAGAUGAAGAGAAAAACCACUCACUAUGUUUUAUUUCAUUUCUCCCAGGUCAGAAAUUUUUGGUAUUUUGCUUGUGUGUCAAAGUUGGUUUUGUGGUGUCUGUAGAUAGGUUUUGAAUAAAGUAGUAGAUAUUCUAAGAACUUUAUUUCUUAUAUUUUUUUAGUGUAAUAGGUUCCCAUUUAUAAUGGAAAUUUACAGUUCUUAACUGAACUAUCCAUGUCAUAUGCACUUCUACAAGAGAAUAAAAGCCAAAGCCAUUUGGAAAUGUGAUUAUUAGGUUUAGAUCACCUGAAGUGCUGUUACAGAGCUGGUACCAAUAAAAGAAUAAACUGAAGAACAUAUUUCACCAUUUGAGUUUUUAAAAACAUUUUAUUAAAUACAAAGAACAAGAAGUUUCAUAAGGCAAGCAGUAGAAUAACAUUUUAUUAUAUACCCAGUACAAACAUUUUACACCACUUGGUUUUUAGAGUAUGCUAUCACAUUUCUUAACAUAGUUGUAAUGUUCUUAAUGUAGACUUUUUCUUUGUAAAAAGUCAGCGAAUGGGAGUUUAUCUCCUGUGGAAAUCCCAAUUGCCUGAAUUACUGAUAUUCUAGAAAUAGACUUUUUAAAAUAGCAUACGUAAUUUUAUGCAAGUUGAUUAUAUAUCUUGAAGUUAAUAAGUUAUAAGUUCAUUUUGUUGUCCUCUAGUUUAAACUAAUUUGUUUUAAAAAUGUGUUUUUAGGAAAAAUACUGUUAUUUGAAAUUAAUUUUUCAAUUAUAUGUUCUUCUAUAACUUGCUCAUAAUAUGCUAUAUGUAACCUUAUAUAAUUUCCCUAAAAAGAAUAAACUACCAUUAUGGUGUUAAACCAAAAUGUGGGGAAAAUGGACACUAACUGCUGCUUAUGGAUAAUGUUGCUACUACUUGUUAUGCAUAUAAAUAUUUUACUUUUUCAUAUGUAUAGAUUGCAUUUCUUAGGUGUUUUGAUUUUUUAAAUAUAUUUACGUUUAAAGAAAUUG